AUGGCCCACGCCCGCAGACACACUCACUCUACUCACCUCAUCCCCCCCGCUGCUCACUCUACUCACCUCAUCCCCCCCGCUGCUCACUCUACUCACCUCAUCCCCCCCGCUGCUCACUCUACUCACCUCAUCCCCCCCGCUGCUCACUCUACUCACCUCAUCCCCCCCGCUGCUCACUCUACUCACCUCAUCCCCCCCGCUGCUCACUCUACUCACCUCAUCCCCCCCGCUGCUCACUCUACUCACCUCAUCCCCCCCGCUGCUCACUCUACUCACCUCAUCCCCCCCGCUGCUCACUCUACUCACCUCAUCCCCCCCGCUGCUCACUCUACUCACCUCAUCCCCCCCGCUGCUCACUCUACUCACCUCAUCCCCCCCGCUGCUCACUCUACUCACCUCAUCCCCCCCGCUGCUCACUCUACUCACCUCAUCCCCCCCGCUGCUCACUCUACUCACCUCAUCCCCCCCGCUGCUCACUCUACUCACCUCAUCCCCCCCGCUGCUCCUCACUCCCACCAUUGCUCACUCUCAUUCUCCACUCUACUCCCAUUGCCCAUUCUCUUUCCCCUCCAGGUGCGGUGGGCCAUCAUCGGGUCUGGCGACGUCACAGAUAGGAAAUCCGGCCCAGCGCUCUCGCGCAUUCCCUCCUCCCGCCUUUUGAGGCACCUCAAGAAUCCUCUCGCGCAUUCCCUCCUCCCGCCUUUUGAGGCGCCUCAAGAAUCCUCUCGCGCAUUCCCUCCUCCCGCCUUUUGA